AUGCGCUCGAUACUCGACCUCCCCGGGGAGGUCAUGGACUUCGUCAUCGACCACCUCCACGCUGACUUCCCCACCCUCCAAGCCUGCACGCUCGUCUGCCACGCCUGGCUCCCCGCCGCUCGCUUCCACCUCUUCAACACCCUCAUCUGCGAAGCCGCGCACGGUCGCACCUCCACCGAGUUCGUGAACUGGGCCUCCGCCUGCCCCGCUGUUGCGCCCUACGUU